AUGGAAGAACCAGCUACCGACCCUCAAGCCCAAGUCUCUAGAGGCGAUCGUGAUCCGGAGAAGGGGCCGGAGAGCGCCGAUGACAACGAACAGGUGGACGCUCGGCAGCCUUUGAACUAUAAACCGCUCAGCCACAGGAAGCUGAAAGACUACAACGAGGGCCUGGCCAAGCGGGGGGUGGUGUACCUGAGCCGCGUUCCGCCCUUCAUGAAGCCCGCCAAGGUUAAGCAUCUCAUGGAGCAGCAUGGCGUCGUGACACGGGUAUACCUUGUGGAGGAGGAUCAGGCCAAUCGCCGCGCCAGAAAAAAGGCCGGCGGGAACUCUGGGAAGCGUUAUACCGAAGGCUGGGUAGAGUUCGAGGACAAGAAAAUUGCACGAGGUCAGUCUUUUUCCAGCGCUGAGAAAUUGCUAUUUACUGUAUGA